CAAAAUAGCCAUUUGAUUCGUCACAAAUGUAUUCAUACUGGGGAGAAACCAUUUCAGUGUGAUAUUUGUGGUAAAUCGUUUUCUCGAAAUAGCAUUUUAACUUGUCACAAAAGUGUUCAUACAGGAGAGAAUCCAUACCCUUGUCAUAUCUGUGGUAAAUCAUUCUUUUAUAAUAGUCAGUUGACUUAUCACUUACGUAUUCACACUGAGGGAAAACCUCAUCACUGUGAUAUCUGUGGUAAAACAUUUUUUAGAAAAAGCGAUUUAACAAGUCACAAACGUGUUCAUACAGGAGAGAAGCCAUUUUCUUGUGAUGUCUGCGGUAAAUCAUUCUCUCAAAGUGGUACCUUAACUAAACACAAGUUGGUACAUACAAGAGAGAAGCCAUAACAUUCCAAUACCUGUGGUAAUUAUUUUUGGGGAAAUGGUGUUUUAACUAUACUUCUCCUGACCCCAACUUCUCUUUAUUCCCACAUAAUUUCUCUCUUCACUGACAUCCCCCUCCACCUACAAAAACUUUCUCAUUUUCCUGAGCAUCAAACUAAUACACCUGCUCAUUGAUUAUACACCUGUCAUUUUUUUUUCUGUAAAGUUCAAGUAAUUUUUAUUGAACUUCUAUUUCAGAAAAUAAAAAUGACAGCCCCUAUUCUUACUAACGAAAUGAAAAGGCAUGCUGCGAUUGUGGCUUUGAUUGCUAAUCAUGGUGAUUUAGAAAUUUCUCGUUUUCUAAAAGUUGCAAGAUCUUUCGUUCACAAGAUUCGGUGUGAGUUAGAAAAAGAUGGAAAUGUAUCACCUGUCUCAAAACGUAAAAAACAUUCCAAGCGCUCUGAUUCUAUCAGGACACCUGAAUUUAUUCAGGAAGUUAAGCAAAACAUUAGAGACAAUCCAGGAAAAUCAAUGAGGUCAAUCGCAAAAAAAUUUUGUGUGUCGGAAAAAACGAUUAGAAAUAUUUGUGCAUGAAGACAUCAG